CCCUAAUUCAUCUGCCAUGAAGGUAAUUCAUCUGCCAUGAAUAUCCUUAGCUUGAAAGUAAGUGCGCUUAGAAGAAGAGUGAUUACUUCCGUACGCACAUGAAUGACUGGGAGUGCUUAGCUUCUGAUUUUGGAAUCCACAGUCACGCUUAAAGGUAUUCAGUGUACUUAUUUCGUUUUCCUCUUAAAGGAUGAGUGAGUUCGUGAACCUGCGGUUUAAUCACAGUGGGAGAUGGAUUUUGCACCCGAAAAUGAAAUAUGUUGAUGGGGAUGUCCAUACAAUAUAUAGGUUUGAUCCUGACUUUCUGUGCUUUCAUGACAUACAAAGAACUUACAAAGAGGAAUUGGGUUUCAUAACACUAAAAAACAUUUAUGUCUUGGUACCCGGAAAAGAUUUGGACAAUGGGCUAUUUUUAGUUGAAGAUGGUGACACAAUUAGGAAGGUUUUGAAUCGGAUUAGGAAUUUUUCUUGGAUUGAUGAUAUAGAGUUGUAUGCUGAUCAUCAACUGGACGAGCCCCUUCUCAUUCCCCAAAUAGAGUGGUCUUC